AUGGCCACCCACUGGAGCCAAGCGCUAGUACAAAUCGCCUCUGCCCAGGAUCCCACAAACUUGCUCAGCGAAGACCGGGUCCUGUUCUACGACGAGCAUACCAUCACCAUCUACGACAAGUUUGCCAAAGCUAAAUAUCAUUUUCUCGUGCUGCCGCGCAUUCCUUUCAAGACAACCAUGUCAGUCUCAUCAUCUCAGGCGCAGCGAGCCACUCCAACGCUCUCUGCCGCAAAUGGCAAGCUCAACCUGGGAGCUACUAGCAGCAAUUCGGUACCAGCAAGCCAUAUGAAGAGCAUCUCAACCCUCCUCGCUAGUCCCUAUGCGGCCAAUGUGCUCGAAGCGGUUCGCAAGGCGAGCGAACGUGUCUUGCAGCACAUCCGUGAUGACAUGAAAAAGCAAUACGGCAUCACUUGGGACAUCGAGAGAGCUUUUCAUGCGGUGCCGAGCAUGGUGCAUUUGCACCUUCACGUCAUAUCAAUGGAUCUUGUGUCGGAAAGGCUCAAGCACAAGAAACAUUUCUUGUCGUUUCAUCCCGCUGUUGGCUUUGCCUUGCGGCUGAACGAGGUCGACGCCAUGAUCAAGCAAGGGAGAAAGUCUCUGCCAAAGAGCGAGAGCGCGUACGAAAAGCUCCUCAAAGGACCGCUCCGGAGUCACCAUACGGGUCAAGUGGCUCGAGCGAUUCCCGAGCUGAAGGCUCAUCUGGAAUCGUACUGGCAUAACAAGAUCCUCGCUGUCGGUCGUACACCAGCUGCACAGGCAGCAGAAAAUGGGAGCGCCAAGAGAGUUGUCUAUGAUAAAGAAUUUCUCAAUGACUCGAUAGCAGAUCAACGACCAAGGCAAAGCCGCAAGCUAGAGCCUUGUAGUACGGCCGUUGGAGAACCUUUCGAUUCGGAAGACGACGAAGUGUCUCUGCCGGUACGUUGA